AUGAAAUUCACAAUAUAACAUAAGAAAUUUAUGAAAUGUUUAAAAUGAGAUCAUCUACAAUUUUAAGGGGAAAAUUGUCUCAUUUUGAAUUUGAUGACUGCAAUACUUCUGGGACUUUCAUUCCCGGGCCUGUGGUAUAUUUACCUUCAAAACCAACAGAAAAGAGCUCCAGAUUUACAUUGAUAAUGUCUCUUUGCAUUUCUCCAUUCCGUUUCUGAUCAGUCUAAACAGGUUUUAAUUAGUUGAAAAACAUUGCUAUAGCACAAUGCUGCCACUUUUAUGCUGCACUGUAUUGAAUCAGAAUCAGAUUAUCUUUAUGUCACAACAAAAUUAAGUGCAGUCCCUGCGGUGUCAAGGGAAGAAAGUUUAAAUAUAUUUACAAAAGAAGUAUAAAAAAAGAGUUAUAACACAGUCAUUAGGUCAUAAAUAGAACCCUAAUCCACAUAAACACUCUUGCACAGAAUGUCACCCAUUGCACAGUUUUUGUCAGGUUAAUUGUUGAUGAUUACUUGUGAUUAGUUGUAAUCAGCUAAAAAUAACCUGAUAGCUAAUCUUAGGUACCCCCCCCCCCAACUGAUGAUUCAUAGAACUGAGACCAACCAUCUGGCCACUGCCAUAAGAUAUGUUGGAGUGCUGCACUGAGAUUGUUUGCAGGAUUUCUGAAGCUUACUCAGAAUGAUCACCAGAGAUUUGGUCACUUCACUUUCAGAGGCCUAUCAGAUCAUUAGUUGGUCAACCAGGCCAGCUCUAGGAAGAGUCGUGUUUGUUCUGUCUCAGAGCUCUGCAGAAAUUGCUUUAGUCUCGUGAUUUGAAAUUUCUUCUGCAGCUGCAUGUGCCUUGGUUAUCUUACAAAAUAAUUUAACAUGACUUUAUCUGGAUAAAUCUUUAAUUUCAGGUAGUUUAGAAUAUCACAGCUGAAAUUACGUUGAAUUUUUAAAAAGUCUGAAUACUUUAUAAACAUUUAUAAAAAAAUUAUGUUUUAAAACCAUUAAGUAUGCAAUGGUUAAUGAUGAGGGAGAAAAUUAACAUAAACAAAUUUUGUUUUAGGGUGUAAAGAGAAAGAGUCAUUGUUUCUGAAUGUGAUGUAAAUAAUUGUCACAUCAUGACAACAUGAUACUGGAUAGUCAUUAAGACACAUGACAAAACCAGUAAAUAUUUUGUCAUUGAAAUAUCAUUUUAUGUUUGUAUAGUAAACCCAGGUGCUGAAACACACAACUGACACAUCAGUGACAACUGACACUUGUACAGAAUUCCACCACAAUCUUAACAGAUGAUGGUUUCGCAGUCUUUAAAUAUCUUACAUAUUCACUCUCCUUAUUUGGUUGGAGUCCACAGGGAGGUUUUUCAUUGACUCCGAGAUGAAUAUGAAUGUAACAAUAAUGAGCUGUGAAAAGGGCAGAAGUCUUUGAUGAAAUCUACUGGCAAUAUUCAUGUUUAUUAAAAAUAUAAUACACAUAACAUAUAAAAAACCCUGCAAUCUUUUAAAAAGUGCACAGUGGUCUUUAAGUCUUUGUCCCAGAAAUUAAAGGAAGCAGGAAAUGCUUCAGCCGUGGGGUGUGCACAUGGGAGGGGCAAAUAUAGGUGUCACACUUAUAUAUUUGCCACUCACCUAUGGCUGGGAGAAUAGUCUAAAAAGAGGGACACACAAGAACUGUACAGUUGCACAAUGGCGUUGAAGGAGUGGAUUCAUUUAUUGGCUUUGUUGAGCCUCCUGUCUGCAGAAUCAAAUGCUCAGCUUGAUGUAUGUGGCACUGCUCCACUCAAUGGCAGGAUAGUCGGAGGUGAAGAUGCUCCACCUGGACACUGGCCGUGGCAGGUCAGUGUGCAGCUACGUGGUAAUCAUUUUUGUGGCGGUUCCCUCAUCAACAAAGAGUGGGUGAUGUCUGCUGCUCACUGCUUCUCUGGUUCAAGUCCGUCUGGGUGGACGGUUUCUCUUGGUCUUCAGAGUCUGCAGGGUGAAAAUCCAAACAAAGUGUCCAGAAAUGUUGCCAAAAUCAUUUUGCACCCAAACUAUGACAGUGAGACCUACGACAACGACAUCGCUCUGCUCAGACUCUCCUCACCAGUCAGAUUCACUGACUACAUCAGACCUGUGUGCCUGGCAGCGAGUGGCAGUGUGUUCAACAAUGGCACUGAUAGCUGGGUGACUGGCUGGGGUGCAGUCAAAGAGGGAGUGGCCUUACCCUUCCCACAAACGCUGCAAGAAGUGGAGGUGCCAGUUGUGGGAAACAGACAGUGUAACUGCCUGAAUGGAGUGGGCACAGUCACAGACAACAUGAUCUGUGCUGGUGUUCUGGCAGGAGGCAAAGACUCAUGCCAGGGAGACUCCGGAGGUCCAAUGGUGAGUAAACAGGGCUCUGUUUGGGUCCAGUCUGGAAUUGUAAGUUUUGGAUCUGGUUGUGGUCGGCCCAAUCUGCCAGGAGUCUACUCCAGAGUGUCCCGUUACCAGUCCUGGAUCAAGUCCCACAUUCGCUCUAAUAGGCCAGGAUUUGUGCAGUACAUCUCCAGCGGGCUGGACUCUGACAGCAACUACACCUGUCCUGGUCUCUAACAAGACCCUCAAGGAGAUAAUAGCAGCGUCUUCAUGGUUCCAAGUUGCUGUCGUAACAAUCAGUGGACGUAAAGUGAGCCAUGCAGAUGUUGACAUCUGAAGAUUUGGGUCAUUCUUACAGGAGAUUGUUGGUGAAACAUCAUCUCCUGCAGCACUUUUGACAAGAUUUCACCAGAUUACUGAGUUUCCUUAUUGCUGUCUUUUGCUGUCCUCAUUAUCUCCAUGUUCCUGUUGUCCACCCAUUCACAUUUAUUUAAUGUACUGAUGAUGCUCAGAUCAAAAUGAAGAAACUAAUUCACAUAAACAUUUCAAAAGAAGUUUACAUUUCUAACUAGAAAACUUCAUUAUUUUGAAGUGUUUUGAUGUGUUUCUGUGAGCUAAUUAUACAUAAAUAUGUCUAUUCUGUGCAUUCUGAUGCUGUUGUCUAAUUAAAAAUGGUGUAAAUUUAAGUACAAAAUUAAAAUGUAAUUCUAAUUACAUCAUGACUAUAUUAAAUGUUGAUUAAGCAUAAAAA